CGGUGGGAACGGGGGUGGAGUGUUCGGGAAUUACGUUACACCACCAGAAAAGCGAACAGAGACGAGGGCAGAAUUGGUUUUAAGUGGAAUCAGGCUAUCAGCAUUUGUGAAUGUCAAGCAUCAACAUUUGGUGUAGAGCCAUCCGAUUCCGAUUACCAGGCCUCCGAGGAACUACUUCCAGUUCCAGUAUCAUCUGUGUCCGUACUGGGUUUGGUACCUUCUCCUCCAACCACUAUCACUCGAUUCACUCCACAACUCUAAAAAAGAUACUUCCUUUUCUGGUGGUGCGUGGUGGGUUUUUUACCAUGUCAUCUUCUUCAGACGCCCGUUUCAACUUGUCUGAUACCGCUGCUCUCCAAAUCAAGAAAGGGGACAUCACCCAGUGGUUCGUAGACGGCACCUCGGAUGCUAUUUUAUCUAUGCUUAGGACAGGAAUUGGGUUUUGAAUCUGGGAGCUAAAAGUUUCUACUAAUUUCCCAACCUUAAUAUAUUAAGCAUUUUUAAUUGCCCCCUGUUGGUGCUACAACUUGAAUUGAAUUCUCCAGUACAACGAUGAAGGAAGGAAGGAAGGAAGGAAGGAAGAAAGGGUGUAUUAUUCAGAAAAUUUAAUUUAUUAUUUUGUUUUUCCAUACUUCCAUUGCUAUAUACAACUACAAAGAGCAUGCAGUGUGUUCUAUUGUUUCAAGUUGAGGUGAAAUUUUCAAACUCUUCCUGCCUGUUGGAUAUGGUUAUGUUAUGCUUUCUUUAUAGAAUAGAAUGGUUAUGAUGCUCUCCCUUUCUUCUUCGGCAUGAGAUGCUUUGUUUAGCCAUUAAUUCCUGGCAAGAAUUCUUGGUGGCAUGAUCUUUUACUGACUAAAUUUGGUGUGGUUACUUAAUAAUUAUAUUUCUUUUUGCAGGUUAAUCCAGCAAAUGAGCGUAUGCUUGGAGGCGGUGGUGCAGAUGGGGGUAGUCUUACCCAAUAUAUAUAUAUAUAUAGAUAUAUUUUUUGUCUUUCACUCAAACCAUAUAUAUAUGUCACUAGAACUACUAAUGACUUUUUAUUUAUUUCCUUUAGCCAUUCAUAGGGCAGCUGGUCCAGAACUCCUAGAAGCAUGCUACAAAGUGCCAGAAGUUCGACCUGGAAUCCGUUGCCCUACAGGAGAAGCAAGGAUUACCCCUGGUUUUAAACUGCCUGCCUCACAUGUUAUUCACACUGUUGGUCCUAUCUACAAUGGGGACAGUAACCCUGCAGCCUCUCUGAAAAGCGCAUACAAGAACAGCUUGGGGGUGGCUAAGGAAAAUAACAUUAAAUAUAUUGCAUUCCCUGCAAUAUCUUGUGGUGUGUUUGGAUAUCCUUUUGAGGAAGCUGCCACAGUUGCCAUAUCUACAGUCAAAGAAUUUGCAGAUGAUUUGAAAGAGGUACACUUUGUUCUUUUCUCGGAUGACAUCUAUAAUGUUUGGUUGAACAAGGCGAAGGAGUUGCUUCAAGCUUAAUGUAAGAUAGUGGCUAGAGUUAAAAAGUUGUGCUGCUUUCAUCUUUGAGAGUGAACUUAUAUCUUUGAGUUGACUUGGUAGUAUUUUUCCUAUAAUUAUGUAACUCCAUAUUUAAGACCAUGGACAUAAUGUAUGCUUUUCUUGUGGAAUAAUUGUUUGCCUGUUGAUUUGUGUUAAUGCCUUUGCGACAUCCUAUUUCUCAUACUCUGGAUCAUAACAGAACAAAUUUAUAUAUAAAUAAUCAAAAAAAGCAUGAGGUGUGUAACAGCAAAUAUUAUUAUGUGUAAUAAUCUGAUUCCUUCUCUUUUUAUGUUUCGCUCAUCAUUCUUUUUUGUAGACCCUGCUAGGCAAAUGUUCGUGCAUCUUUGGACAUUGGUCCAACUUCAUGCACAGUGCUAAUAAAUUCAGAAGAAUUUACUUGUGGAAGAUAAGAAAUCAGUGAUUUUUGC